CAGAAACCGAACUCACUGGAAAUCCACGUGGCUUAUCUGUUACUCCCUCCAUAAAUAUUCGCACAAACCCAUUCAUCAAAUUCCAAAUGCCAUUAAAGUAUUAAAGUUUUAUAAGAAUAAGAAUUUACCAUAACUAAGAAUCACACAACUUUCGGAACGUGUCACAGAAUUCUCGCCUCCUUCGAAAAUGGCAUCGCGCGUCAGCAUCAGUAAUACCAACGCUUUCCCUUCUUCUUCACCGUCCUAUUUAAACUCCUCUCGUUUUCUCUCUCACGCUAAUAACGUUUCAUUCCAAACUCAAAACGGUUCUACCAUGCUUAACAAAACUGUUCUCGUUACCGGUGGAGCCGGUUACAUCGGUAGCCACACCGUUCUUCAGCUUUUGCUCGGUGGUUUCAAAACCGUCGUUGUUGAUAACCUUGAUAAUUCAUCCGAAGUUGCUAUUCACAGAGUCAAGGAACUCGCCGCAGAAUUUGGGAAUAACCUUAACUUUCAUAAGGUAGACCUCCGUGACAGGGCUGCACUAGAGCAAAUUUUUGCUUCUACAAAGUUUGAUGCAGUCAUACAUUUUGCUGGAAUGAAAGCAGUAGGUGAAAGUGUGCAGAAACCGUUACUCUACUACAACAACAAUUUGAUUGGGACAAUCACUUUAUUAGAAGUCAUGGCUGCUCAUGGAUGCAAGAAGCUUGUGUUCUCAUCUUCAGCCACUGUAUAUGGUUGGCCAAAGGAGGUUCCAUGUACAGAAGAGUUUCCUCUGUCAGCAAUGAACCCAUAUGGACGAACCAAGCUCACCAUUGAAGAAAUUUGUCGUGAUGUCCAUCGUUCUGAGCCAGAUUGGAAAAUAAUGUUAUUGAGAUACUUCAACCCAGUGGGUGCACACCCUAGUGGUUAUAUUGGGGAGGAUCCUCGUGGAAUUCCAAACAAUCUCAUGCCGUUUAUUCAGCAAGUUGCGGUUGGCAGACGGCCUGCACUGACAGUAUAUGGAAAUGAUUAUAAUACAAUUGAUGGCACCGGGGUUCGGGAUUACAUUCAUGUUGUUGAUUUAGCAGAUGGGCACAUUGCCGCAUUGCUUAAACUAGAAGAAGCUGAUAUAGGUUGUGACGUUUGUAACUUGGGGACAGGAAAGGGAACAUCAGUUCUGGAGAUGGUUAGAGCUUUUGAAGAGGCAUCUGGAAAGAAAAUUCCACUUGUGAUGGCUGACCGUAGACCUGGUGAUGCCGAAAUUGUUUAUGCCUCAACAAAAAAAGCUGAAAAAGAACUUAACUGGAAGGCAAAAUAUGGAAUUGAUGAAAUGUGCCGUGAUCAAUGGAAUUGGGCUAGCAAAAAUCCUUACGGCUAUGGAUCUCAGGAUUCCACAGAUUAACCUUGAUAAUUACUACUAAAUAUACCAUAGAUGUUAUUAGUUUGGGUUCUUUUCUGAACUCUUACCACACACCAAUUACCAUAGGUCCUGUGAAUUUAAUUUUCUCUGAAGCUCUUUUUCUUAUAGCGAUUAUAAGGUGACAAAGUACUUGUAUCAUUGUAAUUUCGAGUAACAGCCUACAGAUAUAAAUAAUAAGUAGUGAUUUACUUUAGUUUACAGGCUAUAGGUGUUAGUAUUACUAUGUAAGGAUUCUCUCAUGUUCUGCAUGAACAUGACGGUGUCCUGUUUUGUAAAUCUAAACUACAUUUUAUUGAUGAUAUUAUGAUGACUUACAGGUACUCUUACCGCAUUA